CAGAGUACUGAGAGAAAAGUGCCUUGGCACAGAAGUGCAGAACAGAGAGUAAUCAUCCUAUGUCCCAUCUUUUCUUGUGACCAUAUUUUUGGAUUUGUGUGUGAGAGAGAAUUAUGGAAGGGAGGAGGGGAAUAGCAUUCAAUUUCUUUCCUAAACCUCUUGGGUUUUGACAGACCAUCAUUUUGCCUUCUUUAUGGAGGGAGAGGUUCAGGGAAGAGCUUCUACCUUUUGGCUAUGCUGCACAGACGGAUGGCAGAAUGGGGAAACCUUUCUAUUUGGAGAAACCUAGGCAGAGCUGGGACAGGAAAACUCAACUUAGAAGUAUAAGACUUGGAAGAACAAGCUCCAACUCUCAGCAACCUUCCAGCUCCUGCAGCCCCACCCCAGACACAAGGACUGCAGCUAAACCUCAGAAGGUUGACAGCAGCUUCUAAGAUGUCCCUGCAACAUACACUGCCAGUGACCCUCUCCCCUGCCCUCAGUCAGGAGCUCCUCAAGACUGUUCCUCCUCCAGUCAAUACCCAGCAGGAGCAAAUGAAACCGCCAACUCCACUGCCUCCCCCAUGCCAGAAGGUGCCUGUCAAGCUCCCAGUGGAGGUCCCAUCAAAGCAAGAGGAAAAGCACAUGACUGCUGUAAAGGGACUGCCUGAGCAAGAAUGUGAGCAACAGCAGCAGGAGCCACAGGAGCAGGAGCCGCAGCAACAGCACUGGGAACAGCACGAGGAACAUCAGAAAGCAGAAAACCCAGAGCAGCAGCUUAAGCAGGAGAAAGCACAAAGGGAUCAGCAGCUAAACAAACAGCUGGAAGAAGAGAAGAAGCUCUUAGACCAGCAACUGGAUCAAGAGCUAGUCAAGAGAGAUGAGCAACUGGGAAUGAAGAAAGAGCAACUGUUGGAGCUCCCAGAGCAGCGGGAGGGAGAGCUGAAGCACCUGGAGCAGCAGAAGGGGCAGCUGGAGCUCCCAGAGCAGCAGGAGGGGCAGCUGGAGCUCCCAGAGCAGCAGGAGGGACAGCUGAAGCACCUGGAGCAGCAGAAGGGGCAGCUGGAGCUCCCAGAGCAGCAGGAGGGGCAGCUGGAGCUCCCAGAGCAGCAGGAGGGGCAGCUGGAGCUCCCAGAGCAGCAGGAGGGACAGCUGAAGCACCUAGAGCAGCAGGAGGGGCAGCUGGAGCUCCCAGAGCAGCAGGAGGGACAGCUGAAGCACCUGGAGCAGCAGAAGGGGCAGCUGGAGCUCCCAGAGCAGCAGGAGGGGCAGCUGGAGCUCCCAGAGCAGCAGGAGGGGCAGCUGGAGCUCCCAGAGCAGCAGGAGGGACAGCUGAAGCACCUGGAGCAGCAGGAGGGGCAGCUGAAGCAUCUGGAGAACCAGGAGGGGCAGCUGGAGGUCCCAGAGGAGCAGGUGGGGCAGCUGAAUUACCUGGAACAGCAGGAGGGGCAGCUGAAGCACCUGGAUCAGCAGGAGAAGCAGCCGGAGCUCCCAGAGCAGCAGGUGGGGCAGCUGAAGCACCUGGAGAAGCAGGAGGGGCAGCCUAAGCAUCUGGAGCAGCAGGAGGGGCAACUGGAGCACCUGGAGGAGCAGGAGGGGCAGCUGAAGCACCUGGAGCAGCAGGAGGGGCAGCUGGAGCACCUGGAGCACCAGGAAGGGCAGCUGGGGCUCCCAGAGCAGCAGGUGCGGCAGCUGAAGCAGCUAGAGAAGGAGGAGGGGCAGCCAAAGCACCUGGAGGAGGAGGAGGAGGGGCAGUUGAAGCACCUGGUGCAGCAGGAGGGGCAGCUGGAGCACCUGGUGCAGCAGGAGGGGCAGCUGGAGCAUCUGGUGCAGCAGGAGGGGCAGCUGGAGCAGCAGGAGGGGCAGGUGGAGCACCUGGAGCAGCAGGUGGGGCAGCUGAAGCACCUAGAGGAGCAGGAGGGGCAACUGAAGCAUCUGGAGCAGCAGCAGGGGCAGUUGGGGGUCCCAGAGCAGCAGGUGGGGCAGCCAAACAACCUGGAGCAGGAGGAGAAGCAGCUGGAGCUCCCAGAGCAGCAAGAGGGCCAGCUGAAGCACCUGGAGAAGCAGGAGGCACAGCUGGAGCUCCCAGAGCAGCAGGUAGGACAGCCAAAGCACCUGGAGCAGCAGGAAAAGCAGCUAGAGCACCCAGAGCAGCAGGACGGACAACUAAAACAUCUGGAGCAGCAGGAGGGGCAGCUGAAGGACCUGGAGCAGCAGAAGGGGCAGCUGGAGCAGCCUGUGUUUGCCCCAGCUCCAGGCCAGGUCCAAGACAUUCAACCAGCCCUGCCCACAAAGGGAGAAUUAUUGCUUCCCGUAGAGCACCAGCAGCAGAAGCAGGAGGUGCAGUGGCCACCCAAACAUAAAUAACCACCCGCAGUGUCCAGAGGCCCUCAGAUCAUCUCAUACAAGGAAGAGAGAGCCACUGGCUCCACUUAUUUCGGAUCCGCUAGGUGGCCCGUCUCAUCUGUGAACUUGACUCUGUCCCUCUACAUGUCUCUUUAAUGGGGUGGGGGUGGGGGAGAGAGGGAAUUAUUGUCCAGUGCCACCCCCAAUGACCCCAAUCCCAACCUCAGGGGAGCAGAGCCUCUACUUGAGGGACUAUUGUUACUAUAGGAAUCCUUACUUCCCCAGUAUUGAAGCUGAAUCAGUGAGUGUGUACAAUGAUACAUAAUAAAUCCUGGAAGUCUUGGGAUCCUAUAUUCUCUUUAGCAU